AUGGGGCUGCUGACUGGGGAGGCCCUGACAUCCUUGGCCGUGGCUGUGGCCAUCUUCCUGCUGCUGGUGGACCUGAUGCACAGGCGCUCACGCUGGGCUGCCCGCUACCCGCCAGGCCCCAUGCCUCUGCCAGUGGUGGGCAACAUGCUGCAGCUGGACUUUGAAAACCUGCCCUACAGCUUAGGCCAGCUGCGGCGCCGCUUCGGGGACGUGUUCAGCCUGCAGCUGGCCUGGACACCUGUGGUCGUCGUCAACGGGCUGGCGGCCGUGCGGGAGGCUCUGGUGGUCCGCAACGACGACACGGCUGACCGCCCACCUUCGCCAGUCUAUGAGCACUUGGGUUUCGGGGCAAACUCGGAAGGCGUGAUCCUUGCGCGCUAUGGACCCGCGUGGCGCGAGCAGAGGCGCUUCUCCGUGUCCACCAUGCGCAACUUCGGUCUGGGCAAGAAGUCACUGGAGCAGUGGGUGACCGAGGAGGCUGCCUGCCUCUGCGCCGUCUUUGAAGCCGAGCAUGGACGCCCUUUCAGCCCCAAAAUCCAUCUGAACAAAGCCGUGACCAAUGUGAUCUCCUGCCUCACACAUGGGCGCCGCUUCGAGUACAACGACCCCAACUUCCUCAAGCUCCUGGAAAUGGUGGAGACUGGUUUGAAGGAGGACUCUGGAUUCCUGAGAGAGAUGCUGAACGUGGUCCCAGUCCUCCUGCGCAUCCCUGGCCUGGCCAGCAAGUUGUUCUCUGGAUUGAAGGCCUUCAUGGACCUGCUGGAUGGGCUGAUCACCGAGCACCAGGUGACCCGGGACCGGACCCAGCCGCCCCGGGACCUGACUGAUGCCUUCCUGGACGAGGUGGAGAAGGCCAAAGGGAACCCUGAGAGCAGCUUCACAAAUGAGAAUCUUCGCAUGGUGGUGGCCGACCUGUUCUCGGCUGGGAUGGUGACCACAUCAACGACACUGACCUGGGGGCUCCUGCUCCUGCUCCUACACCCGGAUGUACAGCGCCGUGUCCAGGAGGAGAUCGACGAGGUGAUAGGGCAGGGCCGGCCUCCUGAGAUGGCUGACCAGGCCCGCAUGCCCUACACCACCGCUGUCAUCCACGAGGUGCAGCGCUUUGGGGACCUAGUGCCACUGAGUGUGCCUCACAUGACGUCCUGUGACACUGAAGUGCAAGGCUUCCUCAUCCCCAAGGGGACAACGCUCAUCACCAACCUGUCAUCAGUGCUGAAGGACGAGACAGUCUGGAAGAAGCCCUUCCGCUUCCACCCAGAACACUUCCUGGACGACCAAGGCCACUUCGUGAAGCACGAGGCCUUCAUACCGUUCUCAGCAGGUCGUCGCACCUGCCUCGGGGAGCCCCUGGCUCGCAUGGAGCUCUUCCUCUUCUUCACCAGCCUCCUGCAGCGUUUCAGCUUCUCCGUGCCCCCUGGACAGCCCCGGCCCAGCGACCACGCCAUCUAUAACUUCCUGUAUACUCCAGCCCCCUACCAGCUGUGUGCUGUGCCCCGCUAG